AUGUCGGCUGAGGGGCUUUGCCACUCCCUGCGGGCGGAUGUGGCGGCGCUGCGGUCGCUGUUCGUGGAGUUGCGGGGGCGCGACAGGGACGCGCGUCACGUGUUCGACGACAUGGAGCGCCGUGUCACGAGCAGCGCAGGCGUCUUGUCCUCCACCAGUGAGGCAGGCCGAGCGCUGGAGUGCAUCCUGUCGACCGGCGAGGGCGGGCUGCCGCGCAUUUUGCAAGACCGCAGCGAGAAGUUGCGGGUUGUCGGGGCGGACGCACGGGACGCAGACGUGCUGAAGAGAGCGAUGCGGUUUCUCAAGUUUGUGGUGGCCACUUUUCACGCGGGCCUCACCCCGCCGCAGGCAGCAGCGGUGCAGGACACCGCGUGGCGCACCUUCAUGCUGCUGCACCACCUCAGCAGACACACGGAGGCGCAGGCGGAGUGCCUGAGUGUUAUGGAGGCUCUGUUGCAGCACAGCGACCACCGCACCGCCGCCGCGCAGGUGGAUGUUGCCGACGUGCUGCAGGUGUGCGUGCCAAUUGUAGAGCGUAGAGCCGCGUCGGGGCUGCGGCUGAAGAGCAACGCACUGCGUCUCCUUGGAUGCAUGUGUGCGAGGUGCGCCGCGGCGAUGUCGCCACACGCCGCGCGUGUUCUCGACGCGAUGGUGCGCGUCGGUCAGCAGCUCGCCGAGGCGGAGGAGGUGGAGCAGGUGCUUGGGGAGGCGCUUCUGCUCGCAUUUGCCGACUACACGGGGGGCUUUCCGCUCGCGCUCAGCGGGCCCAAUCGUGGCACCCUGCGGCUCAUGCACCGUCUCAGCAUGAAGGCCAUGGUGCUUGCGGAGACAUGCCAAAACUACUGCUUCAGCAAGGCGGCCCUGACGCUGCUGGGGCGACGGUCGGAUGUGCUGAAGGAAUGCCUCAUGGAAGAUAUGGAGAGUUGCUUCGCGGCGCUGCGGCGGCUGUGGUGCCACAGAAACGUCGAGGUUCGCCGAGCGACGUAUGCUGCCACCGCAGGUUUUUUUCAGGCGCUGGCGCUCCUGGGGAGCGGCGAGGGCAGACGGGAAGGCCCGGCUUCACGGCUGCGCUCGAUGCUUCAGGCCCUGGAGGCCACACUGCAGGACAACCAGCAACGACGCAGAGACCACUCCUUUGCCAUCAUGGCGGUCGGGUACAUGGCAAGGCCGCUGGCGGCCUGCUUUGGCGCGGACUACCUCGCCGUGACCUUUCGCGAGAUGGUGAACAAGUGCGAGGUGCUGCUGACGCCGGCGCGUGGGCCUGUGGAGGAUGUGGUGCGACUGUUGCCGUACUUCCUCACGGCCUUAGCCUCGAUGCUGCUGGAGCUGCCACCGAUGGGGCCGGAGUUGUCGGAGCUGCUGAAUUUCACUCUGUAUACGGCCCUCUUUCUAUACCCACAGGAUGUGUGCUACGAGCCUGUGCGAUCCACGCUCGGACCCGCGUUGCUGAAGCUUCUCGCGGCGAUCUCGCAGCACCACAGGGUGGCGUUCGGCGUUGACGCCGUGGCGCGCCAGCUGCUCGCGCUGGCGUGUUCUCCCUUGUCUCUCUGGGACCCUCAAGCGGGAUCGCCCGUGGCGGCGGCGGAGGUCGCCUUCCGGCAACGCUACCUCCGACUCUGGGACUCGCUGCAGUCGCACAGAGCUGGCGUGGUGGACUGGGGGUUCCCGUGGAGCCAGUCCCUCGCCGACACCACGCUUGCCUCGCUGCGGCUGGCCCUGCGUCGCGCGCUGGUGGCGGCGGAGCGGGAGAUGCUGCGACAUUUGGAUCUCUCACGCUUGCGCGGGGAGGCGCAGGCGGGGGAUGGGUGUGGUGUGAGUGUCUACAGCCUCCUCGUGCAGGAGCCGGGGCCGCUGCGGACCUGCGGUGGGGACGACUGCGAUGCGUUUCCCCGCUUCGUCGCGUUUUUCAUCGGCUCCCUUGACGCGACUUUCAGCCACGUGGUUGGCGCGGAGGAGCUGGCCGUGAGCCUUAUCGAGGCGCUGGUGUUGUUUGCCAGUCGCCGCGCCCACCUCGCUGGCAGCUGCAGAUGCCUCCACGCCCUGCUGCGGGUGGUUCGACGUGAGGGCCUCUCACUGCGUCACGCGGAGAUGUUUCUGCGCCCGUUCAGCCGGACAUGUCUCCGUCGCCUGCCGGUCCUCACGGGGGAGGCGCAGCUGCAGUGCGCCCGCUGCCUGCUCGGCGUGGGUUACCUGGGCCUGCUGGGCCCCGCACAGCUGCUGGAUCCCAUCGAGGUGGUGCUUCGCCACGCUGACGACAGCGGCGCCGUGGCGGACGCGCUAGAGGUGCUCGAGUGUUGUCUUGAGAAGCAUGGCGCCCGCGUGAUGCCGCCGUUUUGCCGCCUUUUGCGUCUUUCCACGGGCUUUAACCCCGCGUUUGGCCAGCUGCACGCUGUGCUGGCUCGCCACGGUGCGCAGCUAGCGGACUGUGUGCGGGCCGGCGGCCGCAGCGUGAGUGUGGCGUCGCCGGACCCCCGCCGGCACACGACUGGCGCGCGGCUUCCGCUGCCGCUGGGCAGUGCGACGCUGUGUGUGUCGCUGGGCGCACUCCUCCCGCGCGUCACGGCGCUUUCCUCCCAGGCGGAGGAUCCUCAGUUGCGCCUCGCAGCCUGCGAGAUUUUGCUCUCCGCGGUGGGUUGGUGCAUUCACCAUGACCUCGAGGAGUUAUACGGUGAACUCUUCGACACCGUCGUCACGCUAGCGGCAACCGCGGCGGCGGCUGGCGCCGUCGUCCAGGAGAGGUUUGCCGCCCUGCUGCGUCACUGCACCCGGUGCUUUGCCCGACGGGAGUCUCGCGGAGCAAAGGAGCUGGAGCGCGCCUUGUACCGGGGCGCAACGGCGGCGCAUGAUGCCUCCAUACGACGUGUCGCGACGGAGGCGCUGGUGGCGUACGUGCAGUGGAGCCUAAACUACAACGCGCGGCUGCAGCCUCUGCAGGAGAACGGCGUGGAAGAAGGUCAAGUGAGCCGCGUGCUGCACUGGACGUGUGUGACGCUCCGCGGAGCUUCGGUUUGGCACCGCCUCGGUGCGGCCGAGGUGCUGGGGCGCCUAUUGCGCGUGCUGCGCGAGGAGCGGGGAGCUCUGCUGUUUGUCGUCCCCUUUGCUCGGGCGCUGCUGGACGCCUUUGCCUAUACCCGCGCAACAGCGGAGGAGGAGGAUGAGGAUGAGGAGGAAGAGGAGGAUGAGGCGGUGACUCUGGCGGGGAAGCUGUGCCGCUGCGUCAGCUUUCUGGAGCUACUCAUUGCGGCCAACCACGAGCUGCGGCUGCUGCGGGUGUGGCGGGAUCGGCCUCUCGCGGGGGACGGCGAGGCGGUGCUGCGUGAUAUUCUGCUGCAUGCAUACCGCGAGGGCCGACGCACCGCCAGCGCCGCCGCCCUGCUGCGGUUGUUUACUGUCAUGUGCCGCUGCGUUUCAGGCGGCGACGACGGGGCCCAGCGGUGGCUGUGGGCGCACCGCCUGAUCCUGCACGAGUUUGGGAUGCUGGAACCAACUCCCGGGCGGCGCGUUGAGUGCGGCCUGCAGAUGUAUUCUCUGCUUGUCUCAAGCGCACUCUGGCCGCCCCCGCUCAAGCGGACGCGGAGCGACGACGACGACGACAAAGAUGGCGCCGCCGCGGAUGCGGAGACGCCCACGUACCUUUUUUGUCUGCUUGACGACUUGGGCCGCUACCUCGCAGAGCCGCGCGGCGGCCGCGGUGACGCAGCGGGCAAUGCUAGCGACGACAAUGGGAACCGCUGCACAUCCGCCCGUGUCCUUUUCAUCGCGCGUCAUCUGCUGCGUCUGCUACGCGGUGAUGCGGACACAGCCACUGGUGCGUUGGCGCUGAAUCCGUCGCUGCAGCAGUUUGCGGCGCAUCUCCUGCUGGCGCCCGCCUCGCUUGGCAUCUCGCCAGGGCCCGCUGACGAGGAGCAGCUGCGCUGUGGGCGGGAGCUUCUCGCGGCGCUCGCUGCCGUGCUGCGGGUUCACGAGGGCCACUGCCGCGCGUUGAUUGACCGCCUUCGCGGUGACGUUUUUGCCUUGCUUCAGCUAACGACGCAGCCCGCGUUGCUCGAGCGUUUUCACUCCGACCCGCGCGGGACGGUGCACCAGCUGCGCUGCCUCGCCGCCCUGGCGGAGGCGGGCCUGUGGGCGGAGGUGCUCGGGCCGCCGUCGCCGUCGCACGACGUUCCGCGGCGUCUCCUUGCAGGGCUCGCGGAGGCCGUGCGUGACGAGGUCGUUGGCGGCAGCCAACGCGGCGCCAGGCUCUGUCACAAGCUCCUGCUGCUGCUGCUGCUGCUGCCGCCGCCGCCGCCGCCGCCCCUCGUCGACUGCGCCGCGACGGGGCAGGACGGUGAGCAAGCGGCCGCCGCUUGUGUGGCGGGAGGCAUGGGGCUGCCUGCCGUCCUCGCCGAGCUCCGACGGGGGGAGGGAGAAGCGGCGCGCGCCGGUGCGGCAACUUCUCCGGUUUUCCUUGCCACAGUCCUGCGUGGGGACUGGCGGGAGGCGGAGAAGAACGGCCCGGUGCUCUGCUGCCUCAUGACACAGCUGUGUCAGCUCUGCGGGGGGCUUCUGCGGGACGGCGGCGCGGCAUCGCUGCAAGGCGCCCCCUUCUUGGCUCUCCGCGGUUUGCUGCAGGAUGUUCAGCAUCGACCCACACCGUCCGCAGACGCGUGGACGGUGAUCAUGCGGCAGGGCGUGGAUGCGCUGAUGGCGCAGCGCCUGCGUGGGGACUCUCCGGCGGUGCUGGCCUUCUUUUUGGAGCUGCACUGCUGCUGCCUGCGCUUGGGCGGCAGCCGCUUUUUGGACUGCCACGAGGAUGACGUUCUCGCUGACGUUGGUGCGGCGGUGGACGACGCACGGUGGACGCUGCGCCCGUACGCGUUGCUCAAAAGCCGCGUGGCGGUGCAACUGUUUGUGCGCGGCGUCGACGUCCUGUGCGACGCGGUCGCAGCGGCCAGGGCGGGCGGGGCGCGGCCCACGCGGCGGUACGCUGCCCUCGCCCAGCAGCUGCUGCCCCGCGUGGUGAACGACGCGCUGCCGCUUGACUGGCGGGAGCUUGAGGGCGGGGGCGUCAGCGGCGUCCGCUACGCUAGCGUGGUGGACGCCGUGGUCCGCCUUGCCGCGUGCACCGCAGCGUUGGAUGCAGCCCUGCUGCUCCCGCUGACCCCGCUGCUGCACCAAAUCGACAUGCCGCGGUACAACACGUUGGCCGCAGCGGUCGCGGCGGUGCUGCGGCAGUCCUCGUCGGAGGCCCUCGUCGGGUUGUGCCGCCAGUCGCAGGCGAUGCAGCGUGCCGGCGGUGGUCUGCCGUGGGCGGCGUGGUGGGGCCUGACGCACCGUCUCCUCCUGCCGAGUCUGCGCCGCCUCGUGCCAGCGCAGCGUGACAGCUUCUUCCAGCAGCACAUCGCGAGACUCGCGGCGGAGGCAGGCACACCCCCGGCUGAGACGGCGACGCUGCAGCGACAGACGCGGGCACUGUUGAUGCUGGAGGCGGUGUUUCUUGCGACGGCGCCCCUGUGCUGCGCGGCUCCCUCACCGCCGCCUUCACGGGGAGGCGCGAGGGCAACACCGGCAGGGAACUCAUCCUCGCGCUCACUAAAGUCUGCUGUGCGGCGCGUGCCUUUGUGCCCCCCGAUACCGCCUCGCCCGAGGCGUUUUACGAGGCGUUGA